CCGCCGCCGCCCCUCGGCCCGGCCGGGCCGCGGGGCCCAGAAAUAGGUCAAGGAACUUUGCUGCCAGGCCUGGGGAAUGUUCUGAAACUGUAAAUGCUGGAAUUAAAAGUCUGUAUUUGACACCUUCCAUAAAACCGAAACCGAAUUUGUGCAUUGAGAGCAUGCCAUCAGAAAUGCUGGUGAAGAUAUUUUCCUAUUUGGAUGCUGUGUCCCUGUUGUCUGUUGGUUGUGUGAAUAAGCACUUCUAUCAUCUGGCCAAUGACAAUGGAAUCUGGCUGAAAAUCUAUUCCAGUUGCUUUCAACCAAAAAAGACAAUUUGGAAAAUGAAGUCUGAACAAACAGAAACUGUUUCGUUGGGCUGUGCUGCUCUACAUGAUAGAAGGCCUGGGUACUGGAAGAAAGAAUACAUCUUCAAACAAAUAGCUGCUGUCAAAACUAGAGUAAUGCGACUUGUUAAACCUGUAGACCCUUAUACAGGUCUUCCAUGUAAAAACAAAGAAGCUAUGAAAGCCUCUGGCUUGAGUUGGAUAAUUGUUCUAAAGGACAAAAAUGGAAAGGAACAUGUAAUGGAGAAAGCAAACCUAUCGUUCAAGGACACAUCUGUUACUAUACUUUGGUAUAGUACAAAUUGGCCAUGCUUAGACAUCCUGUCAACCCUAAAACUAUUUGGAGUUAUGCCAUUGCUUCCUGACCAAAGCAGAGCUCCCAGCAAGAAUGGACCUCGUCGACGUUCCUUAAUUGCUGAAUACCAUCUUGCUAACCUGACUGAAAGUAGUGUAGCAGUUGGUGCUGAUAAGCUUGUCCAGCUCUUCAGUCUGAAUCCAGGACUCAUAGUGGGACUUUGGAAGGAGAAAAAUGAAAUUGCUUUUGUUAUGGCAAGUCUUCAUUAUCAUCAACUUCUUGAGAGAAGCACUUUGGGUUCUGCUACUGUUCAAUAUGCCCUUCCACCUAAUAAACCUGUAUUGGAUGAUGUUGACCCAGAAUAUGGACUGCAUGACUACAAUCUACAUCUUGAUAUACACGGUGGAAGCUGCACCUACCUGUGUGGAACAUUCAAGAGCCUCUUCUGCAGAAAAGGUGACAUUGCAAAUGGAUAUUUGAGACUCACAGUUGUAAGCUUAAAGGAUAGUACGAAGCACUUGCCUCUUAUUGGGACACUUGGCUUAUCCUGGGAAACAGAUGUGUUUAAAGGCAAUGUAAAGGACUGCUAUGUGAUGGAUGUUACUCUCUUGGAUGAAACUGGAAAGCCCUUCUGGUGUUUCAGUGCCCCGGUCUACAUGGAACUGUCUUCCGAGGCAUCCAGCCUUUAUGACUACAUGGGUCAUAUCUAUACCACAGACUAUGCAGAUUCAGAGGGAAAAGUCUGUCUUGAGUUGGUAUGGUUGAAAGAAACCAAGGAGUAUUUUAUAGUCAAUUUGGUGCUUUAUAUAAGCACCAAAAAGGUAAAUAACUGGUAUGGAACAAAUUACUGACUUAACUGGGUGACUAAUUUCCUUGCUUUAAAAAAACAAAACAAAACAAAACCAAAAAAACCAAACAAACAACCAAAAAACCACACUAAACUUUUGAUGCUUAAAAUUGAUACCAAUGAGCAAGACUGUUCCUGCAAGUUUUUCAGUAACAAGUGCAAUUGCAUAAUUUUUUUUUUAAUUGGCAUUGGAGGGAUUGAAGAGACAUGUUGAUAUAAAUGAAUAUUUUUCUUCUCUGUUGAACAUCACAUGGUUAGUCUGUUUCUGGUACUGGGUAUAUUGAAAUUCUUUUUAGGAAUAUUUUUCUUUAUAGAUACUUGUUACUAUGGUUAACGAAUUGCUUCUUGUGAGAGCCAUACUGUGAAGAUGCCUUACCUUACAUAAGCUACACUGUUUUUGAGAACAUUGACUUUUAUGCCUAGUAGUAAAACAGCAUGUGUGCAGUUCCCUUCAGAUUCGUUAGAGUGUUAUUGGUAAGUAACAGGUUUUGACAGGUUUUGUUAAAUGCAGAAAUACUUUUUUUCAGAAAAUACUUCACUUAAAUGUAUUCUAGUAGAGGAUUUAUAAGAUAGACAGGAAGUCACAGAUCUGAACAAUAUGGCAGUUAAGGCAUUUGUUAAGAAAAUCACAUAUAAUAUCUAUUAUGAAAUUUCUUUAAAUUCCUGUUUGUUCUCUUUUCCCAUGUUCUAACCUUCUGUCUGAUUUGAGCCUAGAUACUUGCCUCAUGUAUUGGCCUAUGAAUAAGUGUCCCAAUUAUCAGCACAGCUGAGCUGAUGUUUGCUCUUACUGAAUGUACGUAACAGUCAGUUGUUUUGGAAACAAUGCAUAUCUGAUACCAUUUAUCUAACAGUAAGUAUUCAUAUAAAAAUUGAAUCUAUGUGUCUGAUCUUUCAGGUGCCUUGAAGUAACUUUAGGACCAAAUCUUCUAUUCCUUGUAUAAAGAAAAUAAAAUGACAUGAUAUUGGGACUCCAGUGUCAUUACAUAGUGGGUUACAAACCACAACAAAUUAGUGUGGUUUCACAGUACUCUGUUAAGAAAAAACCACAACUAUAUUGUUGACUUCUGUGACUUUAUUACGGUAGUGAUUUCCUUAAAAAUAAUUUCUCUCUUACCUUUAUUCGUUUAAGUACAUUGAUUGGUUCAUGCAAGCAAUGUUUAUGUGUAAGCACUUGUGCUCUAUACUACAGAGACGUAGGAGAUCUAUACUACAGCGAUAGGGUUGUUUCUUAAUGUAACUUUCAAAGAUAAUAAAGUUAAGGCU